GCAUACACUCCCGCAUUGACGUUUGGCUUCCAUUUGUGCUAUGUGUCGCGCUGCACGGGCGUACACCAGGACUAGUCUACGGUGAAUACUCGAUGAUAGCUGACCAGUGGCAACGGCUGUCAACGCACGACGUUAGGUUGACGCUAAAAAAGCGCAUCACCAAACCGGUAUUGAUAUUUUCAACAGUCCAUAGUUUUGGGGCAAAUCGGUGCAAAUAAUGGAAAAUUAAAUUUUCGCCAAAAUUACUUAAAAAGUUUUUAAAGGUGACUAAGUGCGGUUUGUGGUUAAAUAUGGUGGUUUUCGAACGGCAAUACUGCCUGAAAGGCUGAGACAACUAAAUUUCAGUAGAAAAUCCUGUGCACGUGCUAACAAAUUUGCAGUACAGUGGUGUGCAGACGCGUGAGGGUGUGUGUAUGUUGGCUGUGUAUUAAGUUCUCGGCACAUACAAUUCUACAUUUCUGCGUGCCAGCGCGUUAUCGUUGUGCGGUGCGGCUUUUAAGUGUUCUUACUUUACUUUUUGCGUUUCUUCUUUUACCUAUCGUACCGCCACAAAUGGCAAACGUGUGCGGUAUUCGCAAGUUUCGUGCGUGUUAUGGUGUUAGCGUUUGUUUUUGUAGCGCUAUCUGUUAGCAUUAAAACGUCAAGUCCUGUGGCAGCUUAAAAGCAGGCAGUGUUGCUUAAAAAAUAAGAAAAUAAAAGCAUAAACCCUAAAAGUAUGCUAUAAAAAUAUGCAAACUGUAAUUGCGAAAAACAAAAAGUGUGUUUUUAUAACAGUAUAAUAAACAAAACAACAACAAUUACAGCUUGACACCUUUUUGCGCACACAUAAAUCAAAUAGUGCAUCCGCUUGCGUGUCACGCGACGCUUACUAAAACAACCGUUUUCACAAUUCCACACAGUGCAGCGUGAAAAAAGUGCAGUUGUAAAAUUCGUAUUCGCAUUCACAAUCGCAUAUUCGUGCUGUCGUUCCGGUUGUUGCAACACAAACAAAGCAAGUUCGCAUUUAUUAUUCAUAAAGUCAAAUACUUGUGUGUAAAACAACAGUAACAAUAAGCACGCGGUGUAACGGCGUGCAAAGUAGCAGCAGCAAUAUGAAUGUCUAAAAAAAUAAACAAACCAAAUAAAAACAAAUAAAAAACGCACUUGAGUGCGAGUUUUGAGUGUCACGCCUGCGAGCACAUUUCGUUGCAUACUUUUCAGAGUCCGGUCGGCUUUGUUGCCAUAUAGGUACGUACACACACAUAUUAGUGUAGUAUUAUGUAGGGAAACACAGCGCGUUGUUAACCUAAAUAUUCACGGCGAGCAAAAGGCGCAAAAAGUCGCAAACAUGAAAAGGAAAUAAUACCAGAAAGUCAAAAAGCUGUGCCACAUAAAGUGUCAUUGCCAUUUGUGUUGUUGUUAGGCGCAUAAGAAAGUUGUGUAAUAAUAAUUAAUAUAAAUGCAAAUGCUAUAAAUCACAGUGUGCUAAAAAACCGCUAAAAGCUGGCAAAAAUUUCAUUUAUAAAUGGGCGCUGUUUGAAUUUGAAAGUCUUCGCUUGUGUCAUAUAACACAUAGCAUACAAUACUUGUAUAAUGAAAAAUACAUAAAUUGAAAUCUGUGUCAACGGAAGUGUACGCAGAUAAAUUUUAAUUUUUACUGCAUAAUGAAUAAGCGCAUUAAAUUUUAUGAACUAACAAAGAAAUUGCUUAUCAUUGGCACACAAGCUACAUAAAAGGCUUCAAAUUGUAGGAACAACUGUGAAUCAAAGGACCAUUCACAAAAGCUAGAGCUGCAGUAAAUAGAGACAUCAGAGAAGAAGAUUGUUGUGGAUUUGCAGUGACAGUGUAAUCAAUUACUAAAUAAAGUAAUCAGCACACGCUGGAAGCAAAUAAAACCAGCAUAAUAAUUUUGAAGUCACAAAAAGAAGCAAAACACAAGCAUAUAAAGAAACGGAUGGCAACACGAAAAGUCAUAUCGAGUUACUAAGACAUCGCAUAACAAUUGCAACUGAUUAUUUGGAAUGCGAAAAUAAAUUGUUGCAUGCAUAUCCACGAAUUUCUCAGCAAAAAACUCUCAACUGAUGCGGAGUUUGGAAAAAAACCCAGAUAGAUAUAUACGUAUGUGUGUGCGAAAUUGCAUAACAAACUCAUUUAUCAAAUCAGAAGGAUAGUGCGAACACACAAAAAAAACGCAAACUGAACAAGAAAUACAAAUAAGAUUACAAGCCGAGGCGAACUAUUCAAUACAAUGCAAAUAAAAAGCAACUAAAGUACUUGUGUUCGCUACAAAUGAUAUUAAUGCCACAAAGCAGCAAGUGAGCGAGUUAGCGGAGUGGAACGAGCGCACAAUAAACGAGCAAAUUGGGAGAUGACAGAAAAACGCAAGGGCAAGGCAAGCAUCUGAAGUACUGCUUCGUUUUGAGCAGGAAAACAAAAACGCCAAAAAAAUUGUGAGCAUAGCGAUUUUCCCAUGAAAAAUGAUGUUUAUAUGAAAUUAUGGUGAAAAACAUGAAAUUCGAGUUAUUGCAUACGAGCAAAAGCGCCACAUUCAAUGCAAUAACAAUACAUUAUUAGGUCAAAUAAAAGCCAAAGGAAGCAGAAAAAGCACUGGAAAGAAGAAGCGCUACAAAGCAACAGAUAUGGUUGCAGAAGUCAUAGGAGCGAAGUGAAAACCGUGAGAUAGAAGAAAGACGCUAUGAAAAAAUGUUAAUGUAAUAAGUGUAACAUAGUGAAAAGAGAGAGAGAGCACAACAGAAAGAAGCAAAGUAACGACAGCGCCAAAACAAUCCUGGCGACAUACAGACAUUACUGCCAAAUCGAAAGCUUUGGCCACAAAAAGUAGAAGACUGCCGCUCUAACAGAAUAACAAAGCUGGAAGAGGGUGUUGGAAAAGAAAAGGCGAAUCUGUACCAAAAACAGAAAACAUUAUUGUUACGACGAGCAAUACGAAUACAAAUACCGUAUAGUGGGCGUGGCAAAAGUAGGUUACACUCGAGCUACAUAAGAGCAACAGCAGUUCUGUACAAUUUAUCAAAGCGGCAGUCUAUUUCAUUCAUAAAAGCAUAAGAAAACAUAUAAACACAUACAUUCAUUAUAAAAAGCACCGUUAUAACGGCGCGGCAAUGCAAAAUUUAUGCGCCACACUUAUCGGCCGUACUGCUUGCGACGACUUCAGUUCAAAAACACAUUAACCCUAAUGAGUGAGCGUAUCAGCGCACAAGGCGAGAACAAACUAUUACAACAACAAGAAGUGUGAAAUCUUACGGCAUUGCACACGCUUAUCAGCGGGUGUCUACUUGGCUGCUUUGGUGUGUGGGUGCCACCGACGUGCUGGUAGUUGGUGCUAGUGUCGUUGCUGCGCCAACGUUUCUUCGCGAACUUUACAUAGACAAAUGUCACCGAUAUUAAUGCCAAUGCACAUGCUGGAAAUUCGGAUAAUACUACUUUGCCUGCCAUCGAUACUACUGGCGACGACGCUGGAGCCAGAACAAAAAUCAAUACUCACCGAUAGCGACUGGAAGAAGCUAUGGAUGCGAGGCGGUAUAAAUCCCGAUUCAAAAUUGGAUAACAAUCUCGAAACAAGUGACAGCCCGAUGUUCGAGGAUAGUGAGAUGGCGCACAACACGACCGUCCAGUUGGGUGGCACCGCAUUUCUGGUUUGCAAAGUAUCCGGCGUGGAUAGAGUGGGUGUAAAUUGGAAUCAAAUUUCUUGGAUACGUCGACGCGACUGGCACAUCCUUUCAUCUGGCGCUCAACUCUACACCAACGACGAACGCUUCGCGAUACUGCACGCGCCCGGCUCCAACAUGUGGACGUUGCAGAUAAAGUUCGUGCAGCGGCGAGAUCACGGCAUGUACGAGUGUCAGGUAUCAACGCCGACAGGCAUCAUUUCGCAUUUUGUGAAUCUGCAAGUGGUCGUACCCGAGGCAUUUAUACUGGGCUCCGGUGAGCUGCACGUCGACAUGGGAUCCACAAUAAAUCUCGUCUGCAUAAUUGAAAAGAGUCCAACUCCACCACAGUAUGUGUAUUGGCAGAAAAACGAUCGCCUUAUUAACUAUUAUGACACGAGGCGUGACAUUUCAAUCGAGACCACACCUGGACCACGUACACAAAGUCGCCUCAUCAUAAGAGAGCCACAAAUCACCGAUUCGGGAAAUUACACAUGCUCGGCCAGCAAUACGGAGCCAGCGAGCAUUUACGUUUUCGUGUCAAAAGGCGAUAAUAUGGCGGCUAUAUCACGAAAGACUUCCUCGGCCGAUCGGAUUGCAGCGAUAUUCAAAUAUCUUUUGGCCCCUUGUGUGCUGGUGAAUACGCUGGGUAUAAGGCGCAUUUUUUUAACCUAAGACUUAAAUUAAACAUAACGAAUAUAUUAUAAAUAAUCCUAUUUAAGAUAUUUUCAAUUUAGAUCUAACAACAAAAAAUAUAGAGAGCUAUGGAAAAACUAUCGUAAAAUACUUAGCAGUAUACAAUAAAUUUUAGCACAAUUUAAAUAUGUACUAUUUAUUAGUGUUCUAUUAAAAAACAAAAACAAAAAAAAUACAUAAAUAAAUAAACAACAAAAUAAUGAAACCAAAGGGAGCAAGAAAUUGUUGCGAGUAAAAAACUGUAAAUAGCGUUAGGAUAUUGACACAAUAAAAAAUACUUUAAGUUAAAAUAACUGUAAAUUACUAUUUGUGAAGCAUAUUUUGUUAUUAGAUUACAAAUUACAAAACCAAAAAAAUCAUAUGAGAAGGCAUAUGUGUAAAUUAAAUUGAUUAAUGAUAUAUGUAUGUGUAAUUACGUUUAAGUUUAGUAUUAAUUUUGUAAUUUAAAUUUCAUACAAAUUUAGUUGUAAUAUUUUUUGUAUGUAAAAAGCAUUUAACCUGCUCAGCUUGCUGCGCGAAACUUUGUACAUUUUCAUGGAAAAGUAAGGAGAACAUAAAAUAAAAGCAAACCAAAAAAAAAGAACAUAAAUAAAAAACAACACAGAUAAAUAAAUAUAGCCAUUAAUUGUAAUUAAUUAAAUUAGGGUUUUGUUACACACAUUUACGCUUAUCUGUUAAAAUCAAUUAAAAAACCUAAGUGGACGUUAAUAAAAAAAUACAGAAAACAAAUAUAUAUACUGAACGAUUAAUGGAACAUAACGGGGGAUCGCGUGAGUUGGGUUUAAGCGCACUGGCGUAAGAAACAAUUUAUUAUAUUUAGAUGUUAAUGAAUUUAAAUAUAAUAAGCAAAUAAAUGAUGUAGUGCAACUCUAGUUAAAAGUAUAUGUAGAAAAUAAAUAAAUGAAUAACUAAUGAAUAGUUUAAAGAAUAUCAGAAAUAAGCUUAAAAAUUUAAAACAAAAAGCCGAGCUAAGAGAAUUUGUGGAUAAAGAAAACAUGCGACAAAACGCGAGCGCAAAAAAAUAUUGAUAAUAAGGAAGGAAAACAAAAUAAAAUUAUUAUAAAUUCUAUUAAAUGUAGAAUCCUUAUUAAAAUUCCAUGAAAAUUAAGCAAACAAAAAUAAAAUACUACAAAUGUUCACCGAAACUGCAGAGGCAGUCAUAUAUGGCAACUAGAAACGAAAGCAUUAAUACAGUGGGCAUAAAUUAAGUUAAAUUUGAUUUCCCAUUUUCAAAUUCAUAGUACUUUUUAUAAGAAGAGAGGUUCGAAUCAGCUGCUAAUAUUAAAAAUAGUUUUCACUUAGAACCACUAUUGAGCGUCUUUAUUAAUCAGCAAUACAAUACCCUACAGAAUCUUUAUUAAACAAUAAAUUCCAGAAUGUUGUAAGUAGAGCAUUUCUUCUAUACAUUUUAACCUAAAAACAAAUGUUUUAAUGCGUACAUGAAAAUUCAAAUCAUAAUAUACCUAUAAAUAGUUUAUAUUAUCCAGAUACCCACACAUUUUUUGGAAUAUUCGCGUAUUUCUAAGAAGUUCCGAAGCGCCUAUAAUUUUAAUUUUUCUAAUAAAUAAUAUCGGUUUUUGAUUUUCCAAAUGUUGUAAUGAAGUAUGUAUAUCGAACAAACGCGAUACCAGCUAUUUAUAGAGACUGGCAUUUGGCGCAGGGUUGUCCCCUUGGUUGAAGUAGCAUCCUUACAUAAAUGUUUGGCAAUUUUUUGUUCUUUUAAUUAGUCACAAAUCGACUAUACCAUUUGAAUGAGACAUCCUCAUACUUUCUUUAUUGCAUUCAAUAAGCCAUGUUGCUGCUAUCGAAUGUACAGUUUAUAGAUCGCGAGCCCAAAAAUGGAGAAUCCAUGACGGCUGAUAUCUCCUUUUCAAAACAAACCUAACAUUAAGCUUGGUAGGAAAACCCAAAGUCAUUUAUCGACGAAAACGAUUAGAUAAUUAAUUAGUCGAUUUCUCUAAUAGCUAAUUUUGAGUUCGACCCCAAAAGCAAUAGUUUCCCAAACAAAACGAAACAUUAUUCCUAAAUAGCGAAAGCGUAGGUUCUCAAACGAUUUUUAAAGUACAAUAGCUCCCCAAUAAGACCCUGAUAUGAAUUGGUAAAUAAAAACGAGUUCAAGUAAACUUGCUUUUUUAAUAACAUAUAUUGUUGAAUUUUAGAUCUGUCUGACUAGUCUCCAACGGAGAUCUGAUAUAGUCGGUCGCCCUUGCUUUCAACAAGAGAGUUAUACUAGUUAUACCUAUAAUAAUGUAGUCAUUAACUUCCAGUUUUACGUACAUAAUAUAGAUAUGAAUUUAAUUUGUUUGGAGAAUAAAUCCCAGAAAAAUAAAUUUAAAAUCCAUGAAAGGUGUGAAAGAUGGUGUUCGUGAUCAGCUAGUGAACGUUUAUUACUGACUGUCACAUACAUUUAAGCUUGGAAGAUAUUAUUGAUCAUGAUAAGUCUUAUUAGUAUGAUCUUCCUUUGCGCAAUUUUUGAUUGCACUUUUUGUGCUCUCAACACAAAUUUCUAUUAUUUAUUAUAUUAUAUUUCUUUUUUAUUCGCAGUAACGCGUAUACCGCCGGUCGAGCACUUAACAAAUAAAAAAUGUUCAUUUUAUUUUGCCGUUAUUAAUACUUGUAUUGCCCACUGUACAUCUGCCGCAUUGUAACUAAGCUGAAAUAAAAAUCAAUGAAGAAAAUACAUACAUAACUAUUUGUAGAUAAGCGCAUUUAAUGUACACAAUUCAGUAUGAGAAUAAACAGACAUUCUAAUCAUUAAUAA